UUCAAGCAGAACAAGGGCCAAGAAACAAAGAGGAUAAAAUAAAAUUAUGAACGAAGAAAAUUUAGAAGAAUGGGAUGCCAGUUUCUUGGAGGAACUUAUUCAAGUUGAAGAGUUCGCUCUUUCUUGUUCUUAUGUUAACCAAGACAAUCGCACUCCUUCCUCUUCCUUUUUACCGCUGGAGCCGCCGCCUUCGUCAUCUUCACGUAAUCAACCCCUACAUUUUCCGCCGCCUCCAUCUCGAACUGAUCCCAUCAGUUACUCGCCUCCGAGAGAGCUCUCUCAGAGACCCACCGAAUUGGUUGGCGCCUCGAAUUCCAGUGGCUUUGUUGCUAAAUGCGCUACUCCUUCGACUACGGCGCGGCGCGAUGGUGGUUCUGCUAACACUAAGGAUCUCGAAAUCGAGCUCCUAAAGAAGGAGUUGGGGCGUGUUUCAAAGCAGCUUGCGGACCUGGAACAUGAGUGUUCAGAACUUAAGAAGGAAAGAAACAAGGAGGAUCAGCUUACGGUCUCCAAUUCAAACAAUGAGGCCAAAAUUGCUAAUUUGAAAGCCAUCAGCAUCACUGACAGAGAACAUGGAAUCCCUGUUGACGCUCAUGAUCGAGUUGUACAAAAAUUUCCAAAUAGAAAAUCUUUUAACGAUCCAAUUAGCCUCCAUACAGUCAAGUCAAGCUGUCAGGCAAUUGGAGUUCAUACAGAUUUAAAUGCUUCUCUUAAUCUUUGCGAGAAGUUGCAGGACAUCUGGGGCUUGCCAAGUGAGCAAAAGUUUGGAAGAAAUCUGAUAUCCAAGUUAUUUGCGGUUUGUUCGGAUGAUAUUGAUGUCCUUUUUGGGUUCAUAAAUAUGAGGUCACCUUCCAAAACUCUGGAACUACAUGCAGUUAAGAGCUCUGUCAAUAUGACUUUGAAGAGUUCCAUUCAUCCUUUUCUUAGUGCCGAAGCUGCAAAAGUAUCUCGUUUCUACUCUGCUUUGACAAAGAUUAGUAGUGGAAUGUUGCAGCUACAGGCUCUAUUUGAAUCUUUGUUUGAUCUCUGUACUGCUGAAAAUGUAGUUAUUGUGUAUAGAUCACUGCAUAUACUACAUGUCCUGUUGAAGCAUCUUGUGACUUUCGAAAGGGAAUCCAGAGGAAGGGAAAACUUUUUGGUUGAGCAUCUUCACUCUGGAAGCGGCACUGAUGAUAUAUUUGGAUAUGAAACUAGAGAUCGGGCUUGCAUUGGCAUGGAUGGGGCCUUUUCAAGUUAUGUGCCAACUGGAGUAGGAUCUUCUGAAGCAAAAUAUCCGUGCAAGAAAGGAUGUUAUGAUACUAGCUCUGCACCAUUGUUUUCCCAUAUAAACUGGAUUUAUCUCUUUGAAUUUAUGCGUCUCAUUUUAAUGAAGAGUGUUGAAGAAUGUGUAAGAUUGGAAGCAGUCUCGAUUAUGAAUGUGAUUCUGAUGAGAAGUGAUGCUUACACAGAAAGAGAAAAGUUUGGCCUCAGUCAAGUCUUUGAAUGUAUUUCACAACUACUGAAAAAGGAAGCUGGGCUUCUUGUACAAAAGGAGGCUGUGCAUGCUCUCUACCUGCUUUUAAAUUGUCCUAAAUUGGUGGUCACAUUCUGCUCUGGUUGUACAACGGAGACAAAUGCUGAUGAUGCUUAUGACAAGGGAAACACAGAUGCUAUCCAAGGAUUCACUAUGAUUCUUGAGGGGUUGGCUGACUGUAUAGUUUUCUCUGGGAACACUUUACAAGCCUUGGAUCUACGCAAAAAUGCCAUCACCUUACUCGCUUUUGUGGCCUCAUCUGGAAAAUCUGGUUUUGACAUACUAGUGAAUAACAAGCUAUCUAGAGAAGUAAAUUUUCUAACACUAAUUAUGCAACUGUUGGCAUCUGAGAUAGACAUGGAAGCCACAGUAAGUACUGAAUCUAAUGAAACCCUAAGAGCAAGGACAUUAUUGAUACGGGAAGUGCUGAUAUUACUCAAUAGACUCGUGUCAAACCCUGUACAGUCUGCCACAGUUUUGCGAUUGUUGACUAACAGCAGGGAUAUGGUCAGUUUAACCAUUGAUGUUGCAAACAGGUUGUCCAGAAAAGAACCGAAACUUAGGCUGUUCGACCACAUAACUAAGCAGAUGAGAGAAUCUGAAAUUGUUGACUUGGGACGAAUGUUCAAGAGAAGGGUUUCUACUUAUCUUGGAGAGUGACUUGCUGUGGAGUGAAAGAUAUAUAAUCAUUAAUUUUUCUAAGGCAUAGCUCCUUCCCGGUUAUGGUUUGUUCUCGGAGAAAGAA